AUGCAUCUCCUCUUACUUCAGCUCCUGUUGCUCCUGCCUCUAGGAAAGGGCGAGUGGCACCGGGAUGGCUGCCAGGGUCAGAGUUCUCUUUUUCCUGUGCUCCUAGAAAGGAAUCGAAGAGAGCUCCCCAUGGGCAACCAUGAGGAAGCAGAAGAAAAGCCAGAUCUGUUUGUGGCAGUGCCACACCUAACAGGCACCGGCCCUGCAGGGGACGGCCAGAGGCAGAGAGAGAAGAUGCUGUCCAGAUUUGGCAGGUUCUGGAAGAAGCCAGAGGGAGAACUACACCCACGCAAGGACUCAGAGAGUGAGCAUUUUCCAGCUGGGACCCAGCCCCUCACCCAGCCAACGGACGGAACGAAAAUGGAGACAUCUCUUCUUCGGGAAGAAGCCAAGAAAUUCUGGCACCACUUCAUGUUCAGAAAAAGUCCAGCUUCUCGGGGGGUCAUCUUGCCCAUUAAAAGCCAUGAAGUACAUUGGGAGACCUGUCGGACAGUGCCCUUCAGCCAGACUAUUACCCAUGAAGACUGUGAAAAAGUGGUGGUCCAGAACAAUCUUUGCUUUGGGAAAUGUGGGUCUGUUCAUUUGCCUGGAGCUGCGCAGCACUUGCAUACCUUCUGCUCCCACUGCUCGCCCACCAAGUUCACCACGAUGCGUUUCCCUCUGAACUGCACUGGCAUUGCCCCUGUAGUCAAGGUGGUGAUUCUGGUGGAGGAGUGCCAAUGCCAGGUGAAGAUGGAGCAUGGAGAUGGACACCUCCUCCAGGCUGGCUUCCAGGAUUCCUUUAUCCCAGAAGUUUUAAAUUAA